AUGUCCUACAUGGAGGACGAGGCCCACACCCCUACCCCCGAGCAGCGACUCGGUAAUCUGGAGGAAUCCAUGCAACGAAUGGAGGGACUUCUUGACAGUCUCCUCCGAUCACAGGUACAACCUCCCCCUGCCCCUGCCCCUGCCCCGCCUCCGGCAGCGGGUCCAGGCGUUUUUAACGGCCAAGCGGCCAACUCACGACCUCUCAUCCGCCCCAACCCCCCCUUUGCGUUCGAUGGGGAUCGCACCCAGGGCAAGACGUUUCUCCAUUCCGUCAAGCAGUACUGGCGCCUCCUCCCCGAGGCCUUCCAUGUGAACGGGGUGGUAUCAGAAGAGAAGGUGGUACGCUUUGCCCUCUCCUACAUGUCCAAGGACUCGGCGGCCUCCUGGUCGGAACGUAUGUCAGAGCGCCUCGUCUUCCCAUUCCCGACCUGGUCUUCCUUCGUCGCCGAGUUCAAGCUCCGGUUCGUUGAGGAGAACGAGCAAGACCACGCCCUGGCACGGCUGGAGACCCACGCCUACUACAUGGGAUCCCGCGACGUGUUCAAAUACACGGACGAGUUCGACGACCUCCUCGACUUGGCGGGAUACUCCGACAACUUGGUCAAAGUCACCAAGUACCGGGCGGGUCUAGACCCCAGGAUCAAUCAGGCGAUCACGACCUCCGGUAACCCGCCUAGCCUCACAAACUACUCGGAGUGGCGUACCCGUGCAUUCUGCCAGUACAACGCCGAGGUGGCUGCCCGAGCUGCACGAGGACAGGUGUUCUCCCCAUCCCGCGCUCCGCCUCCUGCGGCCCCCCGCCCUCGCCCCAUGGCUCCUCCGUCCUCCCACCGGGCAUUCCCAUGGAUAUCGACCGAACCCGAGCCCGCACCGGUGUUCGUCGCACCUGCUUCCGAUGCGGCAGCCCAGGACACCUGGCCCGAGACUGCCCGACCCCCGCUGAUGUCCGGCACGCUGACGUCCUGGACGAAGUGA